AUGUUUGUAUCUGUUUCCACUCUAGUUCCAACAAAUACCAAUGAUUAUGAGUUCCAAGUUGUUCUAGGCCUUUCUGAGCUGGAGGUUCUUGAACUGUUUCUGAAGAACCUCAGCUUCCCCAUACUGAUCAACAGCACAAGUCACAUUUCCAGUAUGGACACCACAACAGUGUGCUCACCUAACGUAACUGGGUACCAGUGUGUGUGUGAGGAGAACUUUGCCUGGUCUAACAACAACUGCAUUGCAUACGGAGUGUGUGACGUCAUGCUUGGUGACACAUGUGGCUGCAUUAAUGACCUGCCAGCUGAUGGUCAGUUCUGCCAGCCAAACAGCAGACAAAUAGAGCUGGUGGACUUCGAUGUGAUUCUUGACCUCCGCAUUCCGCUCUCCGGCGUUCCAGACGACAUACUUGAGUUCAUCCGAAGCGUUCUGGGGAAUGAAACCUUCCCUGCAACCAUCUCACAGUCUUUGGAAGUGACAGAGAUGCUACUAACCACAGCCUGCUCUCCAAACUCCACUGACAGACUGCUGUGUGAUUGUGAGGAUGGUUUUGCUUGGCCAUGUGACAAGUGCAACGGCAGCAACUCAUGCAGCAACGUCAGCAGUCAAACCUGUACUUGCGUAUAUGGACUUCCUUCUGACAACGAGUACUGCCAGCCAAUCACAAAUAACUCCUUCUGCCCAACUCCACCUCCAGUAUUGACAAUGAUGACAACAGCCAUGCCAAGUACAACAACACCGUCUCCUCCCACAAAUUACGAAACAUCAACCAUCCUGACAACCACAUCGUCUCCUCCACCUUAUGAAACAUCAAUCGUCAUGUCAACUACAUCGUCUCCUCCAACACCUUAUGAAUCAGAGGACAUUGGCAUCGUUCUUGAUUUGCACUUCCCGUUCUCCAACGUUCCACCCGAUAUCCUUGAUUUGAUAAGAGCAGCUUUGGAAAAUGAAACAUUUCCUGUGACACUGUCACAGUUUGUAGAAGUGAUAGAAUUAAACUUGACCACAGUCUGCUCUCCAAAUGCUACUGAUGGACUGAGGUGUGAAUGUGAGGAUGGCUAUUCUUGGCCGUGUGACAUGUGCAAUGGAAACAAUUCAUGCAAAGAUGUCAGCAGUCAAACUUGUACAUGCAAAUAUGGACUUCUUUCCAAUGAAGAGUUCUGUCAACCAAUCACAAACAUUGAUUUGUGUCCCACGACUUCUCCAGGUAUGGAAACACAUAGCUCUGGGUUGUAG